AAAAUAUCUAAAUGUACGGAAACAAAACAAUUCUUAAAAUUUUAGUAGAGCAUACAUAUGUGCACUCGUUUUUCCGGUUACCCAAAAACCGUCUGGCAAUAUACAACAAAUGGCGCGCAAAUGUGGGGAACCGGCACUUUGCUUUCUGCUUGCCCUUCCGUCCGACAUUCUGUUUUCACCAUUUUUACCUUGGGAAAAAAGUUCGUUGUUCUCACGACUCUUCAAUAGGCACUUGUGAAAGUUACGUGUAAACGUCGUGGCUUUUGUUUAAUUAUUUUGAAAAAUAAUAAAAAAAAAAAAAAAUAUAAAUAAAAAAAAAAACUUUGGCAACUAAAACCAAUCCCAAAACACAAGAAACAACAACAGCAACUAGUGUAAAAUUCAAAGUGUAAACAAGAAGCGACAAAAACCCAAAACAGACACCGACAACAAAUUCAAGUCCACAAGUGCAACAUAAACAGCAGCAAAAUUACGUCAAUUAUUGAAAACCUACCCGGCGCAAUAGCUCACAAUCACCAAAACAACAUCAUGGAAGAAGACGAGAGGGGCAAACUGUUUGUUGGCGGCCUGUCCUGGGAGACAACGCAGGAGAAUCUCUCGCGCUACUUUUGCCGCUUCGGCGACAUUAUUGAUUGUGUCGUUAUGAAGAAUAACGAGAGCGGCAGAUCACGUGGAUUCGGCUUUGUCACCUUCGCCGAUCCCGCUAACGUCAAUCAUGUGCUGCAGAGUGGACCGCAUACGCUCGACGGUCGUACCAUCGACCCGAAGCCCUGCAAUCCCCGUACGCUGCAGAAGCCGAAAAAGGGCGGCGGCUACAAGGUGUUCCUCGGCGGAUUGCCAUCGAACGUGACGGAGACCGAUCUGCGCACCUUCUUUGGUCGCUACGGCAAGGUCACCGAGGUGGUCAUCAUGUACGACCAGGAGAAGAAGAAAUCACGUGGAUUUGGCUUCUUGUCCUUUGAGGAGGAGUCCUCUGUGGAGCACGUUACCAACGAGCGUUACAUUAAUCUAAAUGGCAAGCAGGUGGAAAUUAAGAAAGCGGAGCCACGUGAUGGUUCCGGAGGACAGAACUCUAACAACAGUGCCGUGGGUGGUGCCUAUGGCAAACUGGGUAACGAGUGCAGCCACUGGGGACCGCAUCAUGCGCCUAUUAACAUGAUGCAAGGCCAGAAUGGUCAGAUGGGUGGCCCACCAUUGAAUAUGCCAAUUGGUGCACCAAACAUGAUGCCCGGUUAUCAGGGCUGGGGCACAUCGCCUCAGCAGCAGGGCUAUGGUUAUGGCAAUAGCGGUCCGGGCUCGUAUCAGGGCUGGGGCGCACCACCUGGCCCCCAAGGACCACCACCGCAAUGGUCGAACUAUGCUGGACCACAGCAGACCCAGGGAUAUGGCGGCUACGAUAUGUACAACUCGACUUCGACCGGAGCCCCAUCGGGACCUUCGGGCGGCGGCAGCUGGAACACGUGGAAUAUGCCACCAAAUUCAGCUGGGCCAACUGGGGCACCGGGUGCUGGCGCUGGCACCGCCACGGAUAUGUAUUCGCGUGCCCAGACCUGGGCAGCUGGCGGACCAUCGACCACCGGACCCGUGGGCGGCAUGCCGCGCACUGGACCAGGCAACUCGGCCUCCAAAUCGGGCUCCGAGUACGAUUAUGGCGGCUAUGGAUCCGGCUACGAUUACGAUUAUAGCAAUUAUGUUAAGCAGGAGGGCGCCUCCAACUACGGCGCCGGCCCGCGGUCAGCGUACGGCAACGACAGCUCUACACAGCCACCGUAUGCCGCCUCGCAGGCCGUCUAAAAAGCCAGAUCGUGCGUGUUGUCGUCUCGUGUCAUCCCGCGCGGACCCAUGAGGUGAAUGAUGAAGAAGACAAAAAGAUGGUGGUAAUUGUAAGCUAAAGCGUCGUCUGUUCGUUUCAUAAUUUUUAAAAAGAUAUUUUUUAUUUGAGAUCGAUCACUUGUUGAAAUUAAUUAAUGUAACUCUUGUGUACACAGCAAAUAAUUUAAAAGCAUAAUUUAACACACACACGCAAACAAACAAACAAAGAAACAAACACAAACACGGAAAUCAGCUUGAAUGCAAAUCCCUAGCGAAACAAGGCAGGUUUAUAGACUAAUAUAUAUAUAUAUAUAUAUAUAGAUAGUAUAUGUAUAAAAGGAAAAUAUAUAUGUAUAUAUACGUUUAUAUAUAUAUAUAUACAUUCUAUAGCAAUGAGUAUGUAAAAAUUUAUAGGCAACAAAAACCACAGUCAACACUCUCGACUCAGAGCAACAAGAACAUUUUUCAUGCGCCCUCCCUUCCUCGUCAGAAACAUAUAUAUAUGUAUAUGUAUAUAUAUAUAUGUAAAUCCUACCUAACUAACAACAAAAGCAACAACAACAACAACAAUCCAACUAAAACCACAUAUACAUGCAUAUUAAAUACGAUAACAAAAUAAUAGAAUUGUGAAGAUUUAAAAGUAUAAAGUUUAGCCAAUUAGACACAAGAGAAAAGUGUACGAAAUACCAACAAAAGAAGAAUAACAUUAAAAAGGAAUUAUAAGAAAUUAUACUUAAAAAAAAAAAAAAAACAAAACAAACACAUCCCUUAACUACUAAAAUUAGUAAAUACCAAUUCGAAACUGUACAUUUAAAGCGUAAAAACCCCACGACUAGUUGGCAACAAAAACACAAAACAAAAAGCCCAAAAAAAAAAAAAAAAAACAAAAAAAAAAAAGAAAGGAAACAAUGGAAAUGGAAAAAGAUAAUCGUGCCACGCCCACAUGCCGCGCCUCCAGCUCGAAUCCAAUGGCAAACAUUUUGGCGACAAGGCGUAGCAGUAGACAGAGGAAAAUGAAUUAUUACAACAACAACAAGAACAACAAUUCCGUUAGAGCACCUUGUGAAAAUGCUUGCCUUAGCCAACAUUGUUUGCUGGGGGUUUUCCGGGCUAGAGCCGGGGCCUGGCAUGGAGACAUCAACAGAUAUGUUUGGGUUGUUUGGCGCCGAUGAAGAAGAAUACACGUUACAAAAUUUAUAAAUUUACCAUUUAAAAGUAAAGUAAACAACUAGCUAAAAGUUAAACUACAUAUAUAAAGAAACCUAAUUAAUAAGCGUAUGUCGUAUGUCGUUUGCAUGUAAGCGAAAGUUGAACUUGAAACUAGAAUUAUAUAGUGUUGGAAUUAUUAUUUAGUUAAAGAAACCAGAUGAGAGAAUCGCAAAA